GGAUUCUUUGUAACAUUAAAAACUCCCGUCUUUCUCCAUCUCAUGUCAUCUUCUGUGACACUUUCAUGCACAAAUUACAAUGCAAUUCUGACAACUCUAUUAGUUUUUUCCUCAAGCCUCUACCAAACACAUACAUUGCUUAAUUUGCAGAGAUUUAUGUUGGAGCUCGUACCCUUCUCGUUUAGCUCUCUGUAAAAUAAUUGACUGAGCUCAUUAAUGGUGAAGAAGGUUUUAUCAAAUCGAUCUGGUUAUAAUUUUUAUGUCUUUGGGUGAAGGGUGAAUACAUCAAAGCUUUCUGUUACCUCUCCCCAUGGGAAAGAAAAAUGGUACCUCUUGGUUGGCAAUAGUGAAAAGGGCCUUUAGGUCCCCGACUAAAGAGGAGGAGAAAAAGAUUAGCAGAAGAAGAGAAGAACCUGAGCAAGAAGAGGAAGAAAAGAGAAGAGAGAAAAGAAGAUGGCUUUUUCGAAGGCCUAACAGUGAUCAUGCAAAACAAUCUACAGCUACACCAACGAUCCCUAUUUCAGCGGCUGAGCAGAGGCACGCAAUUGCAGUGGCAGCAGCUGAAGCCGCCGUGGCGACAGCCCAAGCGGCAGUAGAGAUCGCAAGGCUCACCAGGCCUGCUAGUUUUGUUAAAGAACGCUGCGCUGCUGUGGUUAUUCAAACAGCUUUCAGAGGCCACCUAGCAAGAAGAGCUUUGCGGGCACUUAAAGGGCUUGUAAUGCUUCAAGCUUUAGUGAGAGGUCAAAAUGUUCGAAAACAAGCCAAGUUAACACUGAAAUGCAUGCAAGCCUUGGUUCGAGCUCAAGAUAGGGUGCGCGAUGAACGAGCAAGGCUUUCACAUGAGAUCAGCAGAAAGUCCAUGGUUGCAGAAAUCAAUAGCUUAUGGGAGUCUGCAAAUCUUCAAGACGUUAAAAAUAGGACAUCAACAUCCAAAAGUUUGAGUGGUAAACUUGAUGAUUGGGACGACCGUCCGCAUUCGGGCCAGGGGAUCCUCGAUGGCAUAUUGCAGAGUCGGAAGGACGCUGCUCUAAAACGUGAAAAAGCCCUAGCUUAUGCUUUCUCUAACCAGAUAUGGAGGUCUCGCAGGAACCCAUCUGCAGGAGAUGAAAGUGAUUUAGAAGAAAGGCAAAAAUGGCUUGAUCGGUGGAUGGCUACCAAGCAGUGGGACAACAGCACUACUAGCAGAGCUUCAACUGAUAAUAAGGACCAUGUAAAAACAGUAGAAAUUGACAUGUGUAGACCUUGUUCUUAUUCUUCUCCAACUCCCCAAAAAUCCCCGGCUCAAAAUCAUCAACAAAAACAAGCUAGAUCCCACUGUGUUGCUUCUCCACUUCACCGCUCACAACAAAGUUUUCCUCUUCACCAAUCAGCCGUCACACCCUCUCUGCGCAAAACCAAGCCGCUGCAAGUGCAUUCAGCAAGCCCCCGAUGCCUCAAGGAAGAAAGAAGUUACUCGGCUGCUGUAACUCCAAACUUAGGCACAAUUAGGGCUGCUGCUAUUUCAAUGCCAAAUUACAUGGCUGCCACUGAGUCCGCCAAGGCUCGGGCUCGGUCUCAGAGUGCACCAAGGCAGAGGUCACUGACAUCCCAGAGAGAGCGAGGCGGGUCAGUGAAGAAGCGCCUCUCUUAUCCAGCUCCUGAGCAACAUUGUGGCGUUGGCACUGGAUGUAACCCUUGUAACCAGAACUUGGGAAGCAUCAGCUUCAAGAGCCUACAUGGUGGGUAUUAUGGAACGGAGCAGCUCUCAAACUAUUCGUCCUGUUAUACUGAGAGUUUUGGUGGCGAAAUUUCUCCCUCGUUGUCUGGAUCAAGGCUCUCCCUCAAUCUGUGGGAAUAGAUUAGUUGCCAAUUUACUCCUAUCUCAACCUUCCACAUUAGCUAGAAACAAAAAAAUAAGCAUGGAUUUUUACAAUCAUGAUAUGUGAAAUUAUGUUGAGAUAGCAUUGUUUGAUUUCAGUUUGCAAAUUGAGUAAAAUUCAACUUGUUCAGUCAAAA